AUGUGGGAGUCUUUUUUUGCUCUAAAUAAUUAGAGAGGGAGUUUUAUUGGAGAGUGGCAUUGAUGGUACAGAUGCAUGCAGUACUGGAAUAUAUGAAUAAGUUUGUUCACUGAUUUACUCCAUUUGCUGUUGCCUUCCCUUCCCUACACACAAUAAUGCCUUGGGGAGGUAGUGCUUUCUUGCGUCACUCUUUUUUCUUCCUAACACUGUUUUGUGAAAGAAAACGUAAAGGUGACGCCUCCGUGCCUUCUAUCACUCCAGAUGUCACAGCACCUUGACUCUUGAAAUCUAAAAUAUUCACAGUUUGUUUCCUCUCAGUUAUAGCUUCACCAUUUUUGAAGCAAAGAAUUUGAUCAUCGAUCUUUCUGGUACUGAUCAUAGGCUUUUUUACCUCACGCAACUUUGCCGCUUGUUCAUUUCAAGAUUGAAGAGAGCAAUGAAGGAGAGAGGCAAAGCUGUGGAAGCAUUCAACAACAACGACAUGGAGUAUUAUUCUUCUUCAUCGGAUCUUCCAUGCAAGAAGCACCCAUCUUCAUCCUCUGGUGGAAUAUGCGCUUAUUGUCUUAAAGACCGCCUGAUCAAGCUGGUCUGCUCUGACUGUGGAGAGCAGCGUCUCUCUUCCUGCUCUUGCUCUGAGAUCUCUUCCACUCGCAAUUCAUGCACUGUCGAGGUGGGAAGUGUCGGUCGGGUCUCUUUCCUAAUAGAGAAUGAAAGGCACGAAGUUUCACAAUCACAUUCCAAGCCAAAAGCCCAAGACAAAGCAGAGGAAGUUGUUCUGCUCAAGAGGAGCAGCAGUAGCUGCGUUGAGAUUAAAAAAAGUGGGUUUUGGAGAAUUGGGAGAUUGUUUAGGAAGAAAAGAGAGAAGAAUUGUGAGAGAUCGAGUGUUGGUGGUGGGUGUGAUGAGAAAAGUGAUCUGUGGAUGGUUGAUUACAUGGGUGUGUCUCGGUCCAGGUCUCUCUGUAGUUUCAGGGGCGGUUGGUUGUUUGGGUCAGAGGAUGGUGGGGAUCACUUGGUUGUAUCAGGUGCCAGGAGUUCUAUUUCUGCAGCCAGGAGUUCUGGUGUCAAUGGCGGCCUAUUUUUAGAUUCAGGGAGAAGAAGUGGGUUCAGUGAGGCAGAGCCAAGAAAAAGUGGCUUUGAUGGUGAAAAGAAAGAUAGUCAACUGGAAUCUGAAAAAGGUGCUGAUCCCAAGGGUGUGAAGAAGGGUAGUCUUCUGGAGCAUGAUAGACGUGUUUUCUCACUCAAAGAGAGUGAUUUCAACGGUAUAGAUGAUUCGGGCUUUAUUGACUUGAAGCUUGAUUACUCAUCGGAAUCAAAGCAGGAGUUCUCUGCUGCGAAAAUGGCUGUGUUACCAGAUCCAGACUCAGCUUUUGGUAGCAUGAGAGAGGGACCAAAAAGGGCGCAUGAAUGUGGAGGUUCGUUUGGGAAUUUCACUGGGGAUGGGAGUUUCAGUAAUCGGGGUUCCUGUAGAAUCACGGUGAAUGAGAGAGGGAUCAAAAGGGGCAGGAAAAGUAUUAAGGGUUGGCGAUGGAUUUUCAAGCAGCAUACUAGCUGGGGAAGUGCAAGGAAGAAGGAUGAAGAUGAUUUUAUGUUCAAAACCUGAUAUAUGAUGAGCAAAUGUCAAAUUCUUGACAGAAAAAGUUAUCUUUUUGUGAAGAGCAAAUGUCAAAUUCUUAAUUCUGUUUUUUAUGCCUUUUAGAAGGGAGUCAGUCCCUGUCUUUAGUCUCUUCUGUUCGUAGUUUAUGUUAAUCUGGUAAAUGUUAAUAACAAGUAGCUCAGAUUAAAUGCCUGAUGUGUUUGCUUCUGUCUACUGGGCAACACAAACAAAAAGAGUUUAGGAAAUAUUUGAUAUGCGGAAUAGGUCACUUUAAUGGAAGUUCUAUUCUACUGUUCGAUUUCUUUUUUA